GUGGGAGAAGACAGGGAGAAUACGAGACGAGAGAGAGCCAACACAGACCAGACCAGGUACAGAAGCAGGAACAAGAACAGAACCCCAACCCAACCCAACCCAACCCAACCAAAUUCUUGCGGCAUUGUCGUCAUGCCCCAAUAAUGCUUGCUGUAUAUUCACUCUCCAUUCACGACAACGACGGCGACCUUCUUAUUCUCACUCGAAACACCACUUGCUACCCCUUAUGGUCUCGAGACCUCCACACUCGUUAAGCCUCGACUGAUCGCAAGUCUUUGCGACGGAACUGCCAUCGGAGUUACCCCACGUGUCCGAUUUAGAAAAAAUGGACGUAAACCACCCUGAACUGCAGCAGCAGUUGCAGCAGCUGGAAAACGAACUAGAGGAUGGCGACAUUACUAUGAAAGGAUAUCAGAAACGGCGCACAAUUUUGCUUUCGCAAUACCUUGGAGACUCAGCAGCUGCAGCAGAUCUUAAGGGGCUGCGUGUACACUCUCCUGAUAACACUGCGCACCCUUCGAACGACGGAUCCCGCAAUGCCUCUUUGGCAGCUCUCAAUGCGAAUUCAAACGAUUACGAUAACCAACACGAUUCAAGACCGCCCAUACCGCCCCAAUCACCUGCAAGACCAAAUUCAGGUGGAAGGCUAGAAACAAUGGCGAGUGAUUAUGGCAGUUUUGCAACCAGUCGAGAGCAGCAGCCCGGAUUUUCUGGGCCUCCUAAACAACUCCAAUUGGGAGUUCCUCCUGCCGCUGUACAGAGAAUGUCGUCGUACGGUAACGAGACAUUCCUACCCUCCACUUCCAUGUUUGGAGGAAACUCUCCAGAACCGACGAUGACCAUGGCAUCUUCAGUUUCUGGCGCAAACUAUGCGUUCAAUCCUGCGUACCAAACUGGGUAUGUACAGCAGCAGCCAAACGAAUACGAAAGCCGAGCUGGGACAAUGAUGGAUUCUCAUGGCACAAUGUUGGGAGAAUCGCAGCAGGGCUAUUUCUCAGAUUUUGCUGGCCAGCAAGGAUAUGAACAUGGGCAUUCGAAUUCAUAUGGCGGAGGGCCCCACAGAUACUCAUCUAGCGAUGCAUUUUCACCAACAGCAGCAAUGGCUCCACCAAUGCUGACUACCAGCGAUCUUCCUCCACCUGCUGCGCUCGAAUAUCAGAUGCCCCUGGAACCGCGAGAUGUUCCAUUUGCUGUCUAUGACCCCCACGAUUCUAAUACACCAAUGUCCAAAUUCGACAAUAUAGGAGCGGUUCUAAGACAUCGUUCACGAACGAACGGGAAAAGUCCUGCAUAUUGGGUCCUAGAUGCCAGGGGAAAGGAGAUCGCGUCUAUUACUUGGGAUAAGCUAACUAGUCGCGCCGAGAAAGUUGCUCAAGUCAUCAGGGACAAAAGUUCUCUGUACCGUGGGGAUCGAGUUGCAUUGAUUUACCGGGAUACGGAGAUCAUCGAUUUUGCCAUUGCUCUUUUGGGCUGCUUCAUUGCUGGCGUCGUUGCUGUACCCAUCAAUGAUCUUGAAGAUUAUGCCAAACUUAAUGUUAUUUUGACAUCUACACAAGCACAUCUCGCACUUACAACAGACAACAAUUUGAAAGCAUUUCAGCGGGACAUCACGACACAGAAACUGAACUGGCCGAGAGGCGUAGAAUGGUGGAAGACGAAUGAAUUCGGUAGCUGGCAUCCAAAGAAGAAGGACGACACACCGGCUCUCGCUGUUCCAGACCUGGCGUACAUUGAAUUUUCACGAGCUCCGACGGGAGAUCUACGUGGAGUUGUCAUGAGCCAUCGCACAAUCAUGCAUCAAAUGGCCUGUCUUUCUGCUAUAUUUUCAACUGUACCGACAGGUGCAGCGGGCGAUACUUUCCAUACCGGGCUCAGAGACAAGAACGGGAGACUCAUGGCUGGUAGCAACAACCAGAGUGAAAUUCUCUUAUCGUAUCUUGAUCCUCGCCAGGGAAUUGGCAUGAUCCUGGGCGUUCUGUUGACUGUAUAUGGCGGGCAUACCACUGUCUGGAUGGAGAACAAGGCUGUGGAAACUCCGGGUCUAUAUGCACAUCUAACCACGAAGUACAAGGCUACGUUGAUGUUGGCAGAUUAUCCAGGCCUCAAAAGAGCCGCAUACAACUAUCAACAAGAUCCCAUGACUACCAGGAAUUAUAAGAAAGGAAUGGAACCUAACUUUCAGCAUGUCAAGAUGUGCUUGAUAGAUGCCUUGACAGUUGACAGUGAAUUUCAUGAAGUAUUGGCAGAUAGGUGGCUUCGUCCCAUGCGAAAUCCAAGAGCGCGAGAACUAGUUGCUCCAAUGCUAUGUCUACCAGAACAUGGAGGCAUGGUGAUCAGUAUGAGGGAUUGGCUUGGCGGAGAAGAGCGAAUGGGUUGUCCGCUCAAGCUUGAUAUGGGAACGGACGACGACUCCAUUGAAGAAAAAGUAGAGGAUAAGGAGAAAGAUCAACCACCCGCAAAUGGAUUUGGAAGCUUGAUUGGUGGAGGAACCACGACGAAAGUCCAGCACAUAGAGAGAACGGAGUUGAGCGAGGUACUGCUAGACCGUGAAGCUCUCAAAACCAACGAAGUUGUUGUUGUUGCUAUCGGAGAGGAGGCCCGAAAGAAGGCUGGGAGUGAGCCAGGAACGGUACGAGUGGGUGCAUUUGGCUUUCCUAUCCCCGAUGCCACCCUGGCGGUAGUGGAUCCUGAAACUGGCCUGCUUGCUUCACCCCAUUCCGUGGGUGAGAUCUGGGUCGAUUCUCCAUCACUUUCUGGCGGCUUUUGGGCGCUACCGAAACAUACAGAAACGAUCUUUCAUGCACGACCUUACAAAUUUGAGCAAGGAGACCCGACACCGAUGAUGGUCGAACCCGAAUUUCUGAGGACCGGUCUCCUGGGCACUGUUAUCGAAGGAAAGAUUUUCGUGCUAGGCUUGUACGAGGACCGUAUCCGACAAAAGGUUGAAUGGGUUGAGCAUGGCCAUGAAGUAGCCGAGCAUCGGUAUUUUUUCGUCCAACACAUUAUCGUGACUAUCAUGAAGAAUGUGCCAAAGAUCUACGAUUGCUCUGCCUUCGAUGUCUUUGUCAACGAUGAGCACCUACCAAUAGUAUUACUGGAAUCUCAGUCAGCCUCAACAGCGCCAGUCACCUCAGGUGGGCCACCACGACAGCUUGAUACUGCACUUCUUGACUCUUUGUCAGAGCGGUGCAUGGAAGUGCUGAUGCAAGAACACCACCUGAGAGUGUACUGUGUCAUGAUUACGGCACCAAAUACACUUCCAAAGGUUUUGAAAAAUGGAAGAAGGGAAAUUGGGAACAUGCUGUGUAGGCGAGAAUUUGAUCUCGGCAACCUGCCCUGUGUUCACGUCAAAUUCGGGGUUGAAAGGGCUGUCCUCAAUUUGCCCAUUGGUGUCGAUCCUAUAGGAGGCAUCUGGUCUCCGCUGGCUUCUCAGACACGCGAAGACAUCCUUUCCCCUGGCGACAAACAAUACUCUGGUAUCGAUCGCCGUGAAGUUGUGAUAGACGAUCGUACUUCUACUCCUCUGAACAACUUCUCUAGUAUAGUUGACUUGCUGCAAUGGCGAGUCGCACGACAAGCAGAAGAGUUGUCGUAUUGUACCAUCGACGGUAGAGGCAAGGAAGGGAAAGGAAUAACGUGGAAGAAGUUCGACACAAAAGUGGCAGCAGUGGCUAUGUACUUGAAGAACAAGGUGAAGGUUCGUUCUGGCGACCACUUGAUACUCAUGUACACCCAUUCCGAAGACUUUGUUUACGCGACACAUGCCUGCUUCUGCCUAGGUGCAACGGCAAUUCCGAUGGCGCCUCUGGAUCAAAAUCGUCUGAACGAGGAUGCUCCAGCUUUCCUGCACAUGGUGGCUGACUACGGAGUCAAAGCUGUAUUGGUCAACCAGGACGUCGACCAUCUAAUGAAGCAAAAGCCAGUAUCACAGCAUGUCAAACAAUCUGCACAAGUCCUGAAGGUAGCAGUCCCCAAUAUCUACAACACCACCAAGCCUCCAAAACAGAACAAUGGCUGUAGAGAUCUCGGCCUCACGAUGCAACCAGCGUGGGUUCAGCCUGGAUAUCCAGUGCUCGUAUGGACCUACUGGACCCCAGAUCAGCGUCGAAUUGCCGUUCAAAUCGGACACGAUACUAUUAUGGGCAUGUGCAAGGUACAAAAGGAAACUUGUCAGAUGACGAGUUCUAGGCCAGUCCUGGGCUGUGUUCGAAGUACAAGUGGCUUGGGAUUCAUCCACACUUGUCUAAUGGGUAUAUUCGUCGGUGCUCCAACCUACCUAGUUUCCCCUGUGGAGUUCGCCCAGAAUCCAAUCUCGCUCUUUUUGACUUUGUCAAGGUACAAGAUCAAAGACACUUAUGCUACACCUCAAAUGCUUGACCAUGCUAUGGCGAUUAUGCCUGGCAAAGGCUUUGCUUUGCACGAACUGAAGAACAUGAUGAUUUCUGCCGAGGGACGACCACGUGUUGAUGUCUUCCAAAAAGUCCGCCUACACUUCGCCCAGACUGGCCUUGACCGUACAGCCAUCAACACCAUAUACUCUCAUGUUCUGAAUCCUAUGAUUGCUUCGCGGUCAUAUAUGUGCAUCGAGCCGAUUGAGUUGUGGCUUGAUACGCAGGCUUUGAGGCGGGGUAUGAUAUAUCCCGUGGAUCCCGAAACAGAACCAAAAGCGUUGCUUCUCCAAGAUUCCGGAAUGGUCCCCGUUUCAACCCAGAUUGCGAUCGUGAAUCCAGAAAGUCGCACGCUUUGCCAUGAAGGAGAAUAUGGUGAAAUCUGGGUGGAGUCAGAAGCGUGUGUGAAGUCCUUUUACGGCUCUAAGGAUCCCUUCGAUGCUGAGAGAUUCGAUGGCCGCACUACUGAUGGCGAUCCAAACGUUCAGUACGUGCGAACAGGGGAUCUUGGUUUCUUGCACAAUGUCAGUCGACCAAUCGGACCCAAUGGAGCCCAGGUCGAUAUGCAAGUACUUUUCGUCUUGGGUAGCAUCGGUGAGACGUUUGAGAUCAAUGGGCUCAGUCACUUCCCCAUGGAUAUCGAGUAUUCGGUUGAAAAGUGCCAUCGCAAUAUCGUUCCUGGAGGCUCCGCUGUUUUCCAAGCUGGUGGCCUCAUUGUGGUUUUGGUCGAAGUGGGAAGAAAGGCGUAUCUUGCGUCAAUCGUCCCUGUCAUCGUUAAUGCAAUCCUUAACGAGCAUCAAAUUGUCGUUGAUAUCGUGGCCUUCGUCAACAAAGGCGAUUUCCCACGGUCUAGACUUGGUGAGAAGCAAAGAGGCAAGAUCCUGGCCAGUUGGGUACAACGCAAAAUGCGAACCAUGGCACAGUUCGGAAUUCGAGAUGCAGAUUCUGGUCUGUCGGAUGUCACCGAGACAAUGGAACCACGUAGUGGCGUUGGUAGUGUCAAGAAUGGAAGUGUGAUAGCAAGCAGUCUUCGCCAUGUGGAGUCAGCUCCUCAGAUCAUUGAACAGCGAGAAUACGAGCGUCAACAGAUACAGGCACAAACUAACUUCGCUCCACUGCCAACCGGCAUUUCGGAGAUGCCAGCACAGAACUACAACGACUCCAUCGUUGGCUCACCCACAAAGGGAGAGAAUGGAACUUCUACAAAGAGCGAUGAUACCCCAACGGAUACACGGCAAAAGAACCAUUUUGAGCUCCCGACUCACAACUACUCUCCCGAGAAGAGCACUUUCCUAGACGGAUCCAACGAUUUCCAAGUCCCUGGCUUCGAAAUCUCUAACGCUCCGCAAGUGCCUCCACCUCGAGUUGGGCCAAAGCCAGGCACGAGCCCUCAGAUCAAUCUACCUGCAGUCGAAGGACGAGAAGGCGAUCUGUGGAGUUUACCUUCCCAGCAAGCUCGCGGGGGUGGUGGCGGCGGGUUGAGAGUCCAGAAUGCCUCGAGUGACGAUGAGGACGAUGCGUGGAAGAAUGAUGCAAUUAUGCAUAUGAACUUAGCGGGGAGGAAUUAAAGAUGAAAUAUGAGCUCACCUACUCGUAUUGCAUGCAUAAACCGUGGGCAGACGAUAAAUGGUCAUACAUCAGCGAGUAUAUAUUGUUAGAUAAUGAAUGGGAUGAUGGAUGUGCUUGGAUUCUCUUUGCGGGCUGGCUGGACGGCGUAGGUGUUGUCAUUAUGCCUAUCAUAGGUGAGGAGAGCAUGGAUGCAGAUUUGUGUGCAUAAUGAGACGAUGAGCAUUUUCAUGAUACAAACAGUAGUGUAUAUACAUGUGAUUCUUGAGAUUGUUAUCAUACGGACUUCGGUUUCUUAGCAGGCAUUUCAAAGAUUCCUAUUCAGUGGAUCUUCUUUCAGUUCUGUUUUUCCGCUUAUUUUGACUCUGAAGCUUCCUCCUCGCUUAUCUCUAUUUCCUCUUUUGGUGUCACUAAACGUGAGCAUAGUCGUGCUACAGCCUAG